AUGAAAUACGAUGAACUGAAUAUUGAAUUAACUCAAAAAGCCCAAAAUGACUAAAAUUAUAUUCGAUACAUAAAGUGGUUAAAAGAUGGUGGUGCAAUAUUUGAUAAUAUAGAAUUUCCUGUAGCAUUUGGCCCUACAGGAUACAUAGGAGUAAUAGCAAAAGAGGAAAUACCAGCAAAUAAAGUAUUUGUGGCAAUCCCUAAUAAUCUAUUAUUAAGUACAUACCUAGUUGAAUAAAGCGAAUUAAAAGUAAUUUUGGAGGAAAAUCCUCAUUUGUUUGAUCUAGAUGAAGAUGACGAUGCUUAAUUUAAUAAAUUAGCAUUAUAUUUAAUGAAGGAAAAAAUAAAAGGCGAAAAUUCAUUUUGGUAUCCAUAUUUAUAAAUAGCUCCUGAGAGUUUUACACUUUUAGAUUGGAAAGAAGAAGAAGUGCAAGAAAUAGGAGAUCAUUACUUAUAUUUAUAGUAUAGAGAAUUUAGAAUAUCAAGUUAUUUAAUUUGA